UUCAUAGCAAUCACCAAACCCGAAUUAAUUGCAGGCUCGAUUUCGACGAAGUCGAAGAUUAACAAGAACCACCAAUGAGGAGUGUUUUCGUCCUUGUUGGUUUUUUGAUGUUGGUGGUUUCGAUGGAGUUUAGUGUGGUGGACGGUAGGGUUCUUCGAUCUAUGAGCACCACCACCGGUGUCAUGGCUGGAUGUGAGGAGGAAGCUGGCGGAGCUCAACCGGCAGGUGUUGCUGUUGACAUGUUUGCGGUUUCUGCUGAUUAUAACUCGAGCAGUCUUAUUCCUCCCGUGAUUAUGAGGAGCUUGGGUUUUAGAUUGGCCUCUGGACCAAGUAAACAAGGUCCUGGCCAUUAGCAAGAUCUGGACUUAGCUCCUAAAUCCUACUUAUAGUUGUUGCACAAAUCUUAAUUAUGAGCUAGCUAGAAUUCUUUUCCUCCCCCUCAGAAAUUUGUUUUUAUUUUUUAUUUUUUUGGGUUUUUAAUUUCCUGAAGGAAGUUUCCUAUAUACCUGUUAUUUGACAGGUUGU